AUUCUAAUUCAUUUGGUAUUACAAUUUAUGAACGGUGCUCGUGGCUUCAAUAAUUGCAAAGUUCCACUAAUUAUCCGAAUUUUGGUCUGGAUCCCUAUCAUCUUCGCUUCAGAUGAGGACAUGGACAACAGUAAUGGAGAGGACAACUCUAACGACAGUGAGGAUACCGACAAACAGCCGAUACAACACACAGGAAGAAGAAGAAAAGAGACGAGUGUUCGGUGAAGCCUACCAAGCGGCUAUUUGGAACACGGUCGAUCAGUUCCUUCGGCGCCUUCGCACCGUGGACGCGAGCAUACAACGUUCUUUGUCGUCAAUUUUGAACGCUCAUCUCUAUUCUCUGAUAGAGACGUCGGGGAAUCCCACAAAAAAUUGCACGUUUUUUCGAAUUGGUGACCAUCUCGAAAGGAUUGGUCGAACUUUGUAAAUCUGCUGCUGGAAAGCAAAAUUAGAUCAGGGAGAAUGUUUCGUGAUAUAGUUCGGGACAGUGUAUGACAAAGUCUGAAGUCGUUCAAUUCAUCUUAAAGGAACCCAAUCGGAAAAAUACUCGACAAUAGCGCCAAAAUAUCAGCAGCAUAAUGUCAGAGGGUUGUACGAGUUGCAGAGGCGCGAAUUAUACGAGUGGUACUUUGCAGUUAGGCACGACUGCCGGUGGCAAUACCGGAAGUUCGUCGUCUACGUCUGGGGUAACCUGUGCAACCACAAGGAGAGUUCAGAUUCGCGCAAAAGUGUUAUAUGGUACAGGCAAAGCAAUAGCGAGCUUGCAAGCGCAGGAGAAAGCGGCCAGACACUGACGAGCCUGGUCGUUUCUUCCCUCUCCUGCGCAUUAUCGAAAUCGAGGGAAGCGAACGAUAAAACAGAAAAUUACACUAAGAGUCAAAUGUCAAAGCGAGUAAACAUUUCGUUGGAUUAUAAACACCCUUUAAUAUUGGAGAUUCAAGAAAACGACGCAAAUGCUCCGUAUCCUGGCGAAACAGCGCAUUUGAAAUACGUACCGAAAUUACUAAGGAGAGAGACACAAGAGGUAGCAGCGGAUGUGUUACAGCCAAGAAAUUCCUAUAAAAUCAUGUACAUUCCUACGAAAGAGACAAAUCAGACAGGAGAUGGAAUUCGACAUAAAUUUUUGAAUGCAUCCCAUAUUUCUGAAAUCUCCGAAGUAACAGAAAUAACAACAAGCGAAAUAGAAGAUAAAAAAAUCAGAAAGAUGGAAGAUAGACUUAAAGAGAAAUUUUUGACCGGAUCGCUGAAUAAUACGGGCAUCAAAAUUUCAGAAUCGUUGAAUAAUUCAAAAAAUAACAAUUCACAACAAGUGAAGUUUUUUCGGAAUGAUGACGUUCAAACAAAUAAAUAUUCUAACAUCAGUGGCAUUUUGAUGAUGAAAAUACAUUCUAAAAAAUCGGACAAUACCUCGAUUCGACUGAUCAAUAGGGAAACACAGAACGUUGAAGCGAAAGCCGAUAAUCAAACUCUGGAUAGUCAUACCGAUGAACAAAAAUGGGAAUCUGAGGAAGACGCUUUACUAGAAGCUGCGAAGUAUGGAUUACAAGCUAUGCAUGAUCUUUAUUAUGUCCAAGAACCUAAAUUAUAUUCAAUGGGUCUUUAUCUGGAGAGCGACAAUCCAGCGAGAUAUGUAGCAGCAUUUAAUGAUCAAUCGGAGGAAGCAAGAGAUCUUGCAAGAUUCGGAUAUGCAGCUCUUCAAGGUACCUCUAUGUUUUUAAAAAAGUUUCCUAAUACGCCAUUGGAAUUACCCUUAAUCCGAAAUAAGUUAACUAAAAGAACCUCGUUGGAACAACAAUGUCCACAAAGAGAUCCACCCCAAUGUCCACGAGCUAGCUUAAGAUACAGAACGUCUGACGGCAGCUGCAACAAUCUGCAGAAUCUCUGGUGGGGAUCCGCUAUGUCUACAAUGCAGAGAUUUCUUCAACCGGAUUAUCACGAUGGCGUUCAAAGUAUUAGAAGAUCGAAGAACGGAAGACCACUCCCAAGCGCACGAGAUAUUACAAGCUUAAUCCAUGAAAACAAAGACGUACCUCUAGCUUCUGUUACUCACAUGCUAAUGCAGUGGGGGCAGUUUGUAGAUCACGAUUUAACAGCAACUGGCCAAAGCAGAGGAUUUAAUGGCACAGUACCACAAUGUUGCUUACAAGGAGGCAUCGGUUUUCAACUGCCAGAAUUUAUGCAUCCAGAGUGUCUUCCGAUAGCAGUGAAUUUACGCGACAAUUUCUAUGGUCCUUUGGGUGUGAGGUGUUUGGAAUUUCUCAGAAGCGGACCAGCUCCUAAGGAGGGCUGUGAAUUUGGCCCGAGAGAACAAUUGUCCCAAGUGACCAGUUAUUUGGAUGCCUCCAUGGUUUACAGUAGUAAUGCCAUGCAUAGUGACAGUCUGAGAAUAUUUCGGAAUGGCUUACUGCAAUACGGAAGAAUACAGUCGCGAAGAUCAUCGUUUUUGAAACCUAAAUCGGAUUUAUGCAAACGCGGGUCUUUGUCUACAAUUUGCUUCCGGGCUGGCGACGGACGUCUAAGUGAGCAACCCGCUCUUAUGUCCCUGCACGUCGUCUUUCUAAGAUUGCACAACAGGAUAGCCACGGAAUUAUCAGCCUUGAAUUCCCAGUGGAGCGACGAGAAACUUUUUCAAGAAGCACGAAGAAUCGUUGGCGCAGUAAUCCAACAUAUAACUUAUCGAGAAUUUCUGCCGAUCAUUCUUGGUCCUCAAGUGAUGAAAAUCUUUGAUUUGGAAGUUCAUAAAAAAGGUUACUACAAAGGGUACGAUCCGACAAUAAAUCCCACCAUUGCAAAUUCAUUUUCUACAGCGGCUUAUCGAUUCGGACACUCACUGGUCCAGCGAAGUUUUAUUAGAUUUGAUAGCAAUCACAGACCCAUUUUUAAUAGUAAGUAA